UAAACCCGCUACCUGGAAUACCCCCUAGGCUUUUGAAUGAACAUUGAUAUGGACAUUGAUACAACGUCAACACCCCUGCAAACACGUCUAGUUGGGCCCCACAUGGGCCUCACUUGGGCUAGAUGGGCUUAGGCUGGGCAUGGGCUCAGAGUGGGCUUUGUUGUUGGGCCCCACAUGGGCAGUAGAUGGGCAUAAGAUGGGCUAAACUAUGCAUGGGCAUAAGUGGGUUCCAGCUGGGCUCCACUCUUAAGAUAUUCAAAAUUGAUUAUGGAUGCUUUUGUUAUAGGCUUAUUUUAACAACAGUCACUGGCUAGUUCCACUUUUUAUUCAAAUUUUAUCAGGCUUUUAAGCUAUUUAGAAGUGUAGCCAUUGCACUUUAAUAGUGGUUUAAGACAAAAUAUGAAUUUCAACAGAAAAUAUUGUAAUAAAAUACAUUUACUAUUAUUUUAUUACAUCAUUGUACUAUCUAGGUUUCCCAGUUCCACCCAAUCACGGAGCAAAAAAAAACACGUCACUUUGCCGCCUUUCAAAAAUAUAUUGUUUUUUGAAUUUGCCGCCUAAAGAAUUCCCGCCUUCAGUACCAGUACCAACGUCAGAGCGUCUUUGUCUGAUAACUUCUGCAGCAGUCAGUCGCAUGACGAUCGGAUUUCAGACACCAUCAGUUUAACACGAAAAAACAGAAACAAUGGCGUGUUCAGAAAGAACUAAAAAGAGGAAAAUAUCAGCGAAAGUGGAGGAACAUUUGCGUCUUGUUGAAAAUGAGUUGAUGAUGGAUGAUUUGUUGGCAAAAGACUCUGAAAUCGAUGAGGAUCGCUCUGAAAGGGAAUACCCACAAGAUGAUUUGUUAAAGGACUCUGAAAGAGAAGAUUCCAUGGAUACUUUCUACGAUGCUUGUGAUCAGAACUGUUUUGAGAAGUCAUCAAAUGAUUUUGAAGAGAAUUCCUCUGUCUUUUAUGAUUGCAACAUUUCCUCAUUUGAUGAUUUGGAUUCUGAAAACUGGGUGCCUGCUGGUGAUAGUGACUGUGAUUCGCAUGGAGAUGCAUGUUCUGACUUGGAAGAGGAUAAUGAUGAUGAUGAAUGUGGGCUUGCAGAAUGGGCUUCAGAAUUCAACAUACCACAAACAGCGCUGUCUGCACUUCUUAAAAUCCUAAGGAGGAAGGGCCUUGAUAUCCCAAUGGAUGCCAGAACUCUUAUGUCUACUGACAGAUCUUGCGAUGUUUCGGCUGUGGAUGGAGGGUCCUACUACCACUUUGGAAUCGAAAAUGCUCUCAUAGCUGAACUAACAUCUCUUGGACAUUUAGCAAAUAUUACAGAUACUCUCACACUUCGAAUUAAUAUAGAUGGAUUGCCCUUAUUUCGUAGCUCCAGUAUGAGUCUGUGGCCUAUUCUGGGAAAGAUUAAGGAAAUUUCAGAGUGUAGUGUGUUUGUAAUUGGAGUGUACUCCGGUGCGUCCAAACCCAAAAAUGUCCAAGAGUAUUUGCAAGAAUUCAUUGUAGAUAUGAAAGCCGUUUCUCAGAGAGGUAUUGUGUACAAUGGUGUACAUUUCAGUGUACCAUUACCCGAUGCUUUUAUUUGUGAUGCACCUGCGCGGGCCUUUCUUAAAUGCUCCAAAGGCCACACUGGGUAUUACGGGUGUGAGAGGUGCACUCAAAAAGGCCAGUACAUUAAUGGGAAGGUGGUUUAUCCUGAAAUAUCAGCAGAGCUCAGGACAGACGAGCAAUUUGAAAGGCAAGGCUAUCAACAGCACCAACUGUCAGCCUCCCCCUAA